UGAUGUCUCGCCCUGUCCCAUAAGCCCUGUUGCGGAAACGAUGUCAUGAUUGGGUGCCCAAACACAUUUCCGUUUAAGUCCCGCCCCAUGACAUAAGCCCUGAGGCUGAAACAAUGUCCCGAUUGGGCGCCAACACUCAUUUCCGUUAAUGUCCCGCCUUCUUGUGGCCUUUAAAUGCGGUCGGCUUUGGGCGGGACAUCCAUUUCGCCUGCUGCCUCCGGCUACUCCAGAGCUGCCUGAGGCCUUGCUGCUGAACGCCUGUGGUGUUCGUCUCUUCUGAGGUACUUUGGGACUGUGGGACUGUGUUGUGUGAACCCGCCCUGCCUCUCUGAGCAGGUGAGAAGGGCUGAGAGCCUUGUGCUGUUUAAGCGCCCGCCAUGGCCGAAGCGCCCUCUCAAGUGCGACAGAACUAUGACUGGCACUGCGAGGAUGCCGUCAACACCCAUAUCCAGCUGCGGCUCUAUGCCUCCUAUGUGUACAUGUCUAUGGCCGUCUACUUUGACCGUGAUGACGUGGCCCUGGGAAACUUCAAGCGUUUCUUCUUGAGCAAGUCACACGAAUGCCAGGCCAAGGCUGAGGUGUUCAUGCACCUGCAGAAUACGCGUGGAGGCUGCCUCUCCCUUCAUGACAUCGCGAGACCGGAACGCGACAGCUGGCAUGGCGGCAGUCAGGCCAUGGAGUGCGCCUUGCACAUGGAGAUGAUGAUCAACCAGAGUCUGCUGAACAUGCACGAAGUAGCCAAGGAAAAAGGCGACGCCCAACUCUGCCACUUCCUGGAGCAAAACUUCCUGAACCAGCAGGUCGAAGUUCUGAAGGAGGUGGGCGGCUACCUGACCAACCUGCGCCAGAUGGGAGCCCAGGAGCACAGCUUGGCCGAAUACCUCUUUGACAAGCUCAGCCUGUCCUAAAGCUUCAAGUGGACUGAACUGGGUUGUCCCCCACUGCCUUGGGGUCUUCCUCCGUUCAUUACACCUGAUGGUCAUGUUGAUUUUGAAGCAAAGUUCACUUAUUUACUCUUUCUGUUUGACUGUUGUUUGAAAUAAAAAGCGUUUGUUUGCAGCAAA